AUGUCCACUUUAAGUCUUAGAAAAUCCGUAUGUUCCAUUUUCGUUCUCACGUAUGCUAUAAUAGGUAUACCAUUGUGGGGUAAAUUAACGAAUAUAUAUAGGGCACCUUUACCACGAGAAUAUAUUAAAUCAUUAAACAAUGAUAAGUUCUUUGAUGUCCAUGUGACAAUUCCGGUUUAUAUUAAAUCAGAUGUUUAUAAAUUCCCAGAUAUUCAUGAAGCAACUCAAAUUCAGGUGAAUCAUUUAUUGGAUAGCAAAAAACAAAAUGUACAAUGGUCUUUAGAGAUUCUCCAGUUUAAUGAUACUUUCAUUGAAUUAGAGAAAGAGCAAGGUAGAGAAUAUCAUAUCGUGACUUUACAAUUAGAUGAAUUUGUUGGUUAUAAUGCUGCAUAUGAUUCUAAGAAUACCGUUGUCUACUUCGAUGAUCCAACAGUAGCUAGAAAUGAUUUACCAUUUUUCGUUGCCCAAACACUUGUCGAACAUACAUUCAACGUCGAAUGGGGUUAUUUAUCUAAUGGGGAUUUGAUGCUUGAUAAACACAGUGCAGUAGCAAUUAAUUAUAACCCAGAUAUUCAUUUAUCCAUAAAUUUGCUAAAAGGUGAUGGUUCUCCUGUUGAUUGGGAAAUUGAAGAGACAUUGAAAACUUAUUUCACUCCAUUCAGAAGAUUCUUGUCUCCUUUAGUUAAUUUUACUGUGGAUACAUCGGUGGUUUAUUUUAAUGAUUUAAACUUACACUCACUGAAUAACACCGGCAAUAUCACAUGGACUGACGUUAGUCAUACUAUUGAUCUUUCAGAAUUAUCUUCAAUGAACUAUUUUUCCGAAGAUUCUGCUUUAAAUUUAGCCAUUGUAUUCCCAAGUAAAGAAACUAACCCAGAAGGUUUCUCCUUUGUUAAGGCCGAAGGUGAACAAACAUGGGAAAGUUUUAUCGUACCUCAAUGGGGUGUUCUUGUUAUUAACAAAAUGCCACUAGAAGCCAAUACAAUGGUCUCUAAAGAUUAUCUUGAUGCGGUAUUGUAUAAGUUUGCUAAUGACUUAUUCGAGUUAUUGGGUUUGACAACAGAAUCUGAAAGUUUAUUUUCUCCUGUCAUUACAAUUGAUUCAUUUAAAAGAAUAAGAACAUUACAAAAUAUUAACAAAAGUGUUGAGACUCUUUGGUCGUUAAUUAAACUAACUGAGCAAUUCCAACAAAUGGCCAUUCCAAAGGACGUGUUAGAAAAUGUCAAGGAAGUAUUAGAUACUAGACUAGACAUUGUUGAAAUUUUGAAUAACCCUGCUAAAGGUGAUGAUUUAAGUUGGGAUGAAGCUUUAAAUUUGAGUAAUAAAAUGGUUCAGAGAAGUGAGGAGGCUUUCUUCGAUGGUCAAAUGUUAAAACAAAAUUUUUUCCCUCAGGAACAUAAGCUGGCUGUUUACAUGCCUCUAAUAGGACCUAUAACAAUUGUGCUAUUUACAGGAUUUAUUUCGUUAUUCAAGGAAACCGAACCGAAAUUAAUAGAAAAGGAAAAGUCUCUUACUGAAGAAGAGAAGAAGGAGGUAGAAGAGACUGAAGCUGUUGGAGCGAUUGAAGGUGAAGACGAGAUCAAUUAG